AUGCAGCGUCUACACUCGGAAUUGCCAGACAAUCCUCUCGGCGGGAUUGCGCAUGCUGCAGGAGUCAUCGACUUCGUUGAGCUUAAGGCUCAAAGCAUGGAGCGCAUGAGCAAGGUCUUCAAGCCGAAGGUGUCGGGUGCAUGGCACCUGCACGAAGCGAGCAAGGACCUCGACCUAGACUCCUUCGUGGGCUUCUCCUCGGUCUCUGCACUCAUCGGGCUUUCGCGCGGCACGAGCUACUCAGCUUCGAACGCCUACUUGGACGGCUUGGGGCUUUGGAGGCACAAGGCUUCUUUGCCCUUCUCCAGCGUCCAGUGGGGCCCCGUGGCGGAGGUCGGCAUGGCCAGCAAGGAUCAUUCCGGGCAAGCCGACUCGGCAUUGCGGCAGCUGCCGCCCGGCCACGUCCAGGCGGCUUUCAGGUUGGCCGUGGUGGGAAACGGCAACCGCGGAUGGCCUUUGCCCUCGCUGUGUUUUGCACAGGUGGAGUGGGGCCGUUUCCUGCGUGAGCUCGGGGCGGAGAUUCCCAUCCUCGAGGAGUUUGCCGGCGAAGAGGAAACCGCCAUCGCGACCGGCACGGCCACCGCCGCCCUCCCGGCGGCUUUCCGUAGCCUAGGCCCCGAUCAGCUCGAGGCGAAGCUGGGUCAGGUCGUCCAAGGAAUCGCUCUGGGAAUCUUGGGCGUUGACGAGCUCACCGCAGAUGCUCCGCUCAUGGAGGCCGGCCUGGAUUCCUUGUCGUCAGUGGACUUCCGGAACUCCGUGGCGAAGGAGCUGCCGGGCCUGAAGCUUCCGAGCACGCUGAUGUUCGACCACCCCACGACGAAAGCCAUCGCUGCUUUCGCCACAGAGCAGCUCGCGGCGGCAGCUGCGGCACCAGCACCCUCCCCAGUCACGGCGCCGGCGCCGAUGGAGUUGGAGAUCUCCUUCCCAGGAGACUUCGAUUCCCUGAGUUUGGAGGAGAAAGAGGAGUUCAAGGCCCAGGCGCUCAAGGAGAUUCUCGAGAGGACCGGCUUGCGGCCGGAAGAUUUGGAAGAUUUGUGCUUGGAGCCCGGGUCCAUCAUCGUCAAGGCCAAGUUCAGGGAGACCUCGGAUCUCCCCGCAAACCGGGCCCAGGCUGUGGUGGCGGAGAUGACCGAACGGCCCAUGUCUGUGGAGCUGGAGGGUCACGAAACCUUCUUGUCCCAAAGUGCCUCGAGCUCUUCUGCGGCUCCUGCGCCGGCAAAGAAGGGCGCGACCGCCGCCCGCCUUCCGCGGUCGCUCCCGGCACCAGGACCGGCCGCAGCCAGGUCGCCGGUUGCUGUGAACUCUGCAGCCUACCGUUUCCCCUUGGAGGGCACCGCACCGGACGAAAUGUGGGAUGUGCUGACAAAGAAGACAGAUGGCGUGACUGAGAUCCCACUGGAGAGAUGGGACGUGGAUGCCUAUUACGACGAGGAUGCAGAGGUACCGGGCAUGAUGACGGUGCGACAUGGGGCCUUUGUCAAAGGAGCCGACCUCUUCGAUGCCUCCUUCUUUGGCCUCAGCCCUGCAGAGUCCAAAGUCAUGGACCCUCAGCAGCGGCUUCUGCUGGAAGUCAUCUACCAGUCUUUCCACGUGGCUGGCAUGCCCCUCAGCUCCCUUACAGGCAUGGAUGCCGGCAUUACGGUGGGCCAGUGCAACAACGAUUGGGGUCACAUGGGCUUCAGCGGCUCCACCGAAGCGUCGGAGAAGAUCGGACCCUACACCGGCUUGGCCGUUUCCACUUCCAUCUCCUCCAAUCGUGUGUCCUACUUGCUCGGCUUGAAGGGGCCCAGUGCCACCAUCGACACCGCCUGCUCCUCCUCUUUGGUCGCCGUGGACGUCAUCGUCUCGAACCUUCGGCGUGGCAGAUCCACAGUCGGAGCCGCAUCGGGAGUGAAUCUCUGCCUCAUUCCAGGUCCUUUCAUUGCCUGCAGCAAGGCCCACAUGCUGUCAGAGGACGGACGUUGCAAGACCUUUGAUGCAUCAGCUAAUGGCUACGUUCGUGGAGAGGGCUGUGGAUCAGCCACACUCUCACUGCUGGACGGUGGAAUUGACUUGAAGCCAGUUGUGGUGCUGAAGGGCUCAGCGGUAAAUCAAGAUGGCCGCAGCAGUAGCCAGACCGCCCCACACGGACCUUCGCAGCAGGCGGUGAUCAUGACUGCUCUGUCAGAGGCGGAAUUGGAGCCGCAAUCCGUUUCCUGUAUGGAAACGCACGGGACGGGCACUGCCCUUGGAGAUCCCAUCGAGGUCGGAGCCUUGGGGAACACUCUUGGUGAGGGCCGCUCAGCCGACGUGCCACUGGCCCUCUGUGCAGUAAAGACGAACCUGGGCCACCUGGAAGGAGCUGCAGGCAUGGCAGGCCUCUUGAAGGUGAUGUGCAUGUUACCUCGCCAACGAGCUCCGCCCAACCUGCAUUUCCAGAAGCUGAACCCCCACUGCGAUUUGGAAGAUUUCCCAACCAACAUCCCGGUGGAGGGGCUGCUGGAGCUUGCCUCGGUUGCAGACCAUGUGUCGUCUGGCCUUUCCUCUUUUGGAUUUGGAGGCACCAACACACAUGUGGUCUUGGAAGACGCCCGUGACAUGGUGCCCGUGACCUCGGUGGAGGUGGCACCGGUCUUCAAGCGCCAGUCCUUCGCCUGGCAAGCGCGGCGGCACGCCCUGCUGUCGCGGACGCUUCGAACGGCCGAGGGCACCCAGGUCUUUGCCCAGCCCUUUGCAGGAAAGCUGCUGCAGCUUGUGAGCCACCACAUCAUCUUCGGAGAGAUCGUGGUGCCUGGGGCAACCUAUCUGGAAAUGGUCCUGGCGGCAGGCGAGUUCCACCUGAACUGCAAGGACAAGCAAUGGAACAUCCGCAAGGUCGGCUUCACAGCUCCUCUAGUGCUUAAGCAAGGGGAGGAGCAAGGAAAACUGGCACGCGACGUGGACUUGUAUCUCGAGCUCUUCCCCGAUCAGCACUGGUCAAUGAGUAGCUACGACCCGAAGGAGCGGAAGAAGCUGGCGACCCAUGCAGAGGGAGAUUUGGACUUGAGCUUCGUCCAGCCAGAGUAUCCAUCCGUGAAUCUGGAGGAGGUGCGCCAGCGCUGUGAUGAGGAGGUGACCAUCGAACGCCUGUAUGUUCCCUUCUCAAAGAUUGGCCUGCCGCUGCAGCCUCGAUUCAGGACGGUACGGCACAUCCUUCGCGGAGAGAAAGAGGUGCUUGCACGAAUUGCUGCCGAAGACGACGGCACAAACAGCGGUUACCUGUUCAAUCCUGCAGUCAUCGACGGGACCUUCCAGGGCAGCAUGGCUCUUAUGCUCGAGCGCCACAGCACGAAGAUCGAUGGUCUCAACUCCCUGCGCAUCCCGCUGAUGGUUCAGACAGUUACGCACUACGCACAAGGAUCGCAGACAGACAUUUUCGUUCAUCAUGAGCUCGUGGAGAUCACAGACCGGGAGAACUGUGUCAACUCCAAGCUGUGCAAGCAGGACGGAACGGCCAUGCUCGGCUUCGAGACCUUGAGGUUCCGAGAGGUUCGACCUGAGCACAUCGCAAAGAUGCUGCAACAAGCAACAGAUGAUGUGGAGGAAGAUAUCUUGGAAGUGGACUGGGUGCCAAUGGAGGGGGCCCUUGGAAAAGCCAAAGACUCGACCGGCAAGGGCAUCUUAUUCGUCGGUGCAGCACCCAGGUCAGUGCACGACACGAGCAUGGUAAAGAAGUGCGACGAAGUGGAACUAGGUGCCCCGCCGGCCCUGCGCCAGGCUCUGCAGAAGCUCCUCGAGGCCAGCAGCUUCACGGACACUGCGGGGGACCUCGCCUUCAAGGAAGGAACCAAAGCGGUCGUGCACCUCGGCGCGUUGCAGGACGCGGCAGAGCUUGCCGUGCUGCAGGAAGCGGUAGUCUUGGCGCAGGCAGCAAUUGCGGUGAUCGCAAAAGGUGAGGAUGCCCCACAGAUUGCCUACAUGACUUACGGAACGCAGGACGUGGCUACAAGCAGCGGGGCCGGCAGCUACCUUCAUGCAGGUCUGUGGGGCCUGGCCCGCACGGUGCGUAUGGAAGAGCGAUCGAUCAAGCUUCGCUGCUUCGACUUGGACUCGAGGCACGAGGACCCGGAAUCCGCUGCCAAGGCGAUUGUGGAGCAGCUGGGCAGCUUGACCGGCGUCGGAACUGGCGGCGGUGAGACCGAAUUGGCUUUGAGAGAGGGCGGCACCCAGGUGUCCCGGCUCUCCCGCAGCCAGGUGCAGGUCCAGAAGCCCAUGCGCUUGCAGAUGUCCUCGCGAGGGAGUCUGUCGAACCUUCGGCCCGUUCCCCAGGCCUCGCGACCACAGCCAGGCCCGGAGCAGGUCGAGGUGAGGAUCCGCGCAGUGGGCCUGAACUUCCGAGAUGUCCUGAACGUCAUGGGCAUGUACCCGGGAGACCCUGGCAAUCCAGGAGGAGACUGUGCCGGCACCGUGUGUUCCGUUGGGGGCGGCGAGAAGGAGGCAGCCGGCCUCCGACCGGGGCACGACGUCUUCGGCAUUGCAUGGGGCUGCUUGCAGACCUACGCAUGCACAGAAGCUUUGCUCUUGGCCCCCAAGCCGAAGAAAUGGUCCUUCGAGCAGAUGGCUGCCUGGUCUGUGACCUUCGCCACCACCGAGGAGGCCUUUCAGGAGCUGGCGCCGGUCCAGAAGGGCGAGCGCGUCCUGAUCCACGCGGCCACCGGCGGCGUGGGGUUGGUGGCCGUGCAGUUCGCCCAGCGCGUGGGUGCCACCAUCUUCGCCACCGCUGGAAGCCCGAACAAGGUGCAGCACCUGCGGGACAUGGGGGUCAAGUACAUCACUAGCAGUCGGGAUGUUAAGAAGUUUGAAGAGGAUAUGAAGGCCUUCCUCAAGGAGGACGGUGCCGACGGUGUAGAUGUGGUGCUCAACUCACUGAGUCACGACGACUACAUCCCCAAGUCUCUGAGCUUUCUCUCGAAGGGAGGGCGCUUCAUGGAGAUUGGCAAGAGGCUCAUCUGGAGCCAUGACCAGAUGAGGCGCGAACGUCCCGAUGUGCAGUAUGAGAAGAUCGCCAUGGAUUGGGUCAUGGAGUUCCAGCCGGAGCGCUACAACGUUCUGAUGCGGCGGCUCGUGUCCCAAAUUGAGCAAGGAUGGUGGAAGGAGGUGCCGCUGACACUUUACGAGGGCUUGGCCUCCGGUAUCGAGGCAAUGCGCUACCUGCAGCGAGCUCAGCAGAUCGGAAAGGUUGUGCUGACGCAGCCUUCCAGAAUGGAGUGCUCUGAGGAAGGAUCUUACGUGCUCUCUGGUGGUGUUGGUGCACUUGGCCUUGUGACAACCAAGAUGAUGGCUGAGGAAGGUGCGAAGUCCGUGGUGCUACUUUCGCGACGAGGCGUGGUAGGCGACGACCUGAAAUCGAUGUGGGACAAGCUGCAGGACUUUGACAUCGAGCUUCUCGUCAAGCCCUGCGACAUUGCCAGCUUGACCGAUGUACAAGAAUUGGUGACAAAUCUCAAGAGCAGCUCAAGCUACACCGUAAAGGGUUUGAUCCACUUGGCUGCCGUUCUGGACGAUGCCACGCUGCCAAAGCUCACACGGAAGCACCUGGAAAAGGCCUACGGAGCGAAGGUCUUCGGUGCCCGGCAUCUCCACCUCUGCCUGCAGUCCCAAAAGCAAGCCCUUGACUUCGCCGUCCUGUUCUCCUCCACCUCGGCUCUCUUGGGCUCCCCUGGCCAGGGCAACUACUCUGCGGCCAACGCGGCCCUGGAUGCUCAAGCGCGUUACUGGAAGGCCCUGGGCGAGAAAGUGGUCUCCGUGCAGUGGGGGCCAUGGCGAGAGGUUGGCAUGGCGGCCCAGAAAGGAACGGUGCAACGGCUGAAGGCCCAAGGCCUGGGUAGCAUUGGCAACGUGGUUGGCAUGGCAGCCCUUUCUGGGUCUCUGCGCGCAUCCGGCAGCAUCAUCGCAGCUUGCCCGGUGCAUUGGGGACAGUACCUGAAGCAGUUUGGCAAGGCUACGCCAGCUUUCUACUCCCGCUGCUCUGGUUGCAACAAGUUUCUGCCAAGGAUUGAGUGGCUGCGACCAUGUGUGCUGGCUGAAUCGUUUCUGACCUUACGUCCUGUUGAAAGUAUCAGCUGUCGAGCUACGAUUCUGGUGUGUUGUGAUUGCUGCGAUUUUGGCCGAUACUGCGACUACUUCGUCUUCGACGACGACGACUACUACUACUUCUACUAUUUCCGCGAUUACUGUUCUUUCUACCUAGCCUGCAGCAUCGGCUUGCUGUUUGCCGUUCCUUCUACCUGGCAGCCUAAACUUUGUUGUUUCUGUUUAUUGUACUUUCUGCCCAAAUCCUAA